AUGGCUUCUUCAAAAACUAUUUCGGCAAAGGUGGCCUUGUUCUUGGAUUUCGAAAUGGCUAUCGUGUCAGUGGCGACGGAGUCAGACAAAACGAGUAUGAGAGUUAGUAAUAAUGCUUUCCAGGAAGGACCAGGCUUUAUGUCAUGUUCUCCCUCCUCCAUAGGUUCUUCUUCGGCUUCCUCGGGUUCUUCAACAAGAAAGCACGAACAAUCCUCUCGUCCACAAUCUUCACAGGUUGGUGGCUCACAAUUAAAGGUGUCUUCUCCUGGUUCCUUAUUCAAACAAGCACAGGAAGCUCAAAUAUCCUGGACAGCUUGUUCUAAUCUCUCAAUUCUAUAUGCUCGUAAAGGAGGAGGUCGGGUUUUAGUUCUUGCACUUGCUUCAUUAGGAAGGAUAGGUGUUCCUUUCAGUCCUUAUUUUGGAAGGAGGAGAAUUGGCGGUGGAGGCCGUGGUGUAGUUUUGCUCGGGCAAGUUAGCAUAAUAGGAGGUGAUUUUUUUCACGAUUUCUUGGCAGAGGUUAGCAUUGAGUUCAUUGUUGGGUUUUCCCAGUUGCUUGGUCAGCAAGGUUUCGAUCUCG